AUCUUUCAAUUUCAUUUUUUUUAUUCAUACUUUUGAAAAGAAAAAAUUCGAAUCACAUACUUUCUUCUUUCUAUUAUACUCAUCCUUUGUUCAGUCCCUCUUCUCAUUUCAUCAUAUUAUAAUAGUAUAGCAAAACCCUAGAUUUUCUCUGUUCAAGCUCAAGACCCAUUCGAACUUCGUUAUUAAGCAUUAUGAAUAUCGUGUCUUGGAAAGAUGCAAACGACGAAGUUUCAGGCGCCCGGGAUACGAGAAGACGUGAAGGAGACGUCGAAGAAGAUAAAGAAGAAGAAGAAGCCCAAGUCAGAGGCACCGGUGGCAAAACCGUAAUUACAAAGCCGCCAACCUCUUCUUCUUCUUGGAUGAAAUCCAAGGAUCCGAGGAUUGUUAGGGUUUCACGCGCCUUCGGAGGCAAAGACCGUCACAGCAAAGUGUGUACGCUACGAGGGCUACGUGACCGACGCGUGAGACUAUCAGUCCCCACGGCUAUUCAGCUUUACGAUCUUCAAGAACGCCUCGGCGUUGACCAGCCUAGCAAAGCCGUGGACUGGUUGCUUGAUGCUGCUAAAGACGAGAUCGACGAGCUCCCUCCGUUACCCAUCUCGCCGGAAAAUUUCAGCCUCGUCAACCAUCACCAGUCUUUCUUGAAUCUUGGUCAAAGGCCGGGUCAAGAUCCGACCCAACUCGGGUUUAAAAUCAAUGGUGGUUGUGUACAAGCUGAGACUACUACUACCAGUAGCCGUGAAGUAAACAACAAAGAGAGGGGAGACAACGAUGUCGUUUUCACAAACAAUCAUCAUAUUGGCUCUUACGGAACUUAUCACAACAUGGAGCAUCAUCAUCAUCACCACCACCAACAUUUGAGUUUCCAAGCAGAUAAUCAUCAACUACAUAGUCUUGUCCCAUUUCCAUCACAAAUUUUGGUAUGUCCAAUGACGACAUCAACAACGACAACAACUAUACAAUCUUUGUUCCCAUCAUCUUCGUCGGCUGGUUCGGCAAAUAUGGAGACAGUAGAUCCGAGGCAAAUGGCAAGCCAUUUUCAUAUGCCAUUAAUGGGUAAUUCUAAUUCAUCUUCUUCAUCCCAAAACAUUUCGACUUUAUAUUCAUUGCUACAUGGAAGUGGUGGUGGCAACAAUGGUGGUAGAGACAUUGAUAAUCGGAUGUCUUCUUCUGUCCAAUUCAACCGAGAUAAUACAACUUCAGCGGCUAAUAUGUCGAAGCUUCUAGGGUCAGAGAGUAGUAGCACAAGUAGAGGAAGUGAACACCAUAUGUGAAAUUAGGCUAGCUAUAUUGAAACAAUUAAUGUUGAUGUGUUCAGAAGCAAGGGGACACAAAACAAUAUGAAUAAAUUACUAUCUAAUUAAUAUUGUAUAAUUUUCAAAUACAAAUUGAUACAUAAUUGAUUACUUGUAUUUUUGCA